AAUAACUAAUAAUAUUGUUCAUGUGGUGACGAACUGCUGUGAUCCAGAGUCCGUGUCUCAGUGUCGGUCACUGUUCCUCUCCUCCUCAUUAGUUUUCAUCAGAGCUCAUCAGUGUGAUGUCGGAGUUGCAUAAGGUUCUUCGUUUAUGAGGCGCGUGCACGGCUGCUUCUAUUUUCAGUUGCCGAAGUUGACGGGAGGGGCGUGCGCGUCCACAGAACCGUGAGCACCAUGACUAUACCGUGAUCCUCCCGUGCCGGCGCCGCGCAGCGUGCGUGUAUUUACCAGCUGUAGCCGUAGUAGCGCAGCCCGGGUCCCGCACCGCAAACACAUGAGUGGGCUGGGCCGGGAGUGACCCGGGCCGCGGGCCAAUGACGGUCCGGUAAAGCCAUCACUGGCUAAAACGUUUGGCCAAUGGCGCGCUUCGCCGACAGGCCUGCAGCCAAUGGGAUGGGCGCAAAGCGUGAGCACGUGGAUCCGCGCACAUGUUGACGCUCGUAAAGUGUGGAGAGGAGGAGAGAGCGUCGGUGAGCGGCCGGGUGGAGGGAGACGGAGGUACGGAGUCAGAAGGAGAGACCGAGGGAAGGAGAGACGGAGAGGUUGUUGCCCCGGCGCUGCUGCCCCAGCUGCGGACUCAGCCCUCACCCAUCUGUCGGUGAAAGCACGGGACAGAGAGAGAGAGAGAGAGAGAGGCAGCGUUCAGGCAGCGGCUGUUUUUAUUCUCACAAUUCUGACGCGAUGCAGUCUCAGGGCAGCACCUCCUCCCAGCCCUCCUUCGACUCCCUGAGCUCCAGCGACAGCCUCCUCCUCAGCGACUCAGAUCAGGUGGAGGACGACGCCGACGUCUUCCUGACGGACAGCCCGUCCACGGGCGGAGCCGCCGCCACCGAUGCCGGCAGUGGAGACGUGGGGUCGGAGAGUCCCGGGUCCCAGUGGAUGUGCGACGGCUCGACAGAUAAGGAGGAGGAGGAGGAGUCGUCGUACGGGCCGCGGAGUGGAGUCAAAGGAGGCGACGCGGGUCUGGAGGAGGCCGGUCAGGUGACCAAAUCAGAAGGAGAUCUGAUCUUUGCCCAGAAGUGCGCGGAGCUGCAGGGCUUCAUCCGACCGCUGCUGGAGCUGCUGAAUGGACUGAAGAAGGGCCGGUUUGAACGAGGUCUGAGCAGUUUCCAGCAGAGCGUCGCCAUGGAUCGGAUCCAGAGGAUUGUGGGGGUUUUACAGAAACCUGACAUCGGGGGGAAAUACCUGAACAUUCUGCUGCAGGUGGAGAUGAUGCUGAAGAUGUGGUUCCCUCAGAUCCCCACCCGACCGGCCUCCGCAGCCUCCACUCUGGGCUCCGCCCCUGCCCUGACGCACCAAGGCACAUCCACCUCCACACCACCACACAAGCACAGGGACCAGCGCCACAUACCUGUCAAGAAGCGAAGGCUCAGCUGGACAGGUACGGACGCCCCCCCUCCCCCCUCAGGUCUACUCAGGGGCUCACGGAGCCGAGCAGAAGGAAAGAGGACGAAGCCAGACCAAGGUGAAAGGCACACAGCUCCUCCUCCUCCUCCUCUUCCUCCUUCUCUUCCUCUUCCUCCUCCCACUCCACCACCGUCACUGUCAUGUGACGUAGGUCAGAAUGUUGCCACUAAAGGUCAGGAAAGUGACGACCCGCAGGGAAAGGACAGUGACGGCAGGGCGUCCAAUUACAAAACAGGUCAAAGUUCAGAGCCGAGCCUGACGUGGGUUCACGUCGCCCCCAUCCUGUCGCCGGGUAAAACCUGCCCCUCGCACGAGGCCCCACCUCCGGCGGGCAACAGUGAGAACCAGCCUGUGACCCCCACCCCCCUCGUCCCACAGGGGAGGGGCAACCCUGCCACACAGGACAGCGCCGUCUCCUCCACCACGCCUGCCAAGCACCCCGGAAAUCUGAAGAUGCCCCCCCGGUGCCAAAGCCAGCCUGUUGAUGGACAACAGAGGGAGAAGGAGAGGGAGGGGGAGGGGGAGACAGUCGCCGCCGCCGCCACCGCCGUCUGUCAGGGUCAACAACAAUCUACUACUCCUGUCGUACUUGAGCCGUCGCCGGGGGUUUGCCCCGCCCCUUGAAACACCCCAAUGCACUAAAGAAGGAAAGAGCUGACAGCAGCCCACACUCUGCUCAACACUGCUGUGACGGGGAGGGGGGACGAGGGGGUAAAAAUAGGGGGGUAGAUUCUUUGAUGUCAGUGAAAGAAACACAACAAGUCCAGUAACUGUUAGCAUCGAAUACAGAAGAAUAUAUUUGUAUGAAUCGACCAACCGUGAACGGAGGUUUUUAGGGAACGGAAAAAAAAAUGUUGAAAAAGGAAAAAGUUCAAAGGUCAAUGACCGACAAGGGAGAAUCAAAAACGAGAUGUUUUUGUUUUUUUUUAACAGCAGGAAGUUCUUCAUGAAAAUGUGAAAAGGUGACGUUUGUUUUGUUUGUUUUUUUCAGAAUGAAAUCCUGCUUAAAUCAACUUGAAGAAUAUUAGGACAGGGUGAGCCAUGGUUACGUACUGGUGUAGUUGUUAUAUGGCAGGAGUCAUUCACUUGAAGAGAGAGAGAGAGAGAGAGCGAGUACACACACAGGGAGUACACGGAAAUGCAGUAUACAGUACACGUGGUCAGUUGUCGGAUGAGUCGGUUUCAUCCAGACCAGAAUGUAGCCCACGUCAGUCGUCGCAGCCCCCCCCCCCCUCCCCGUCCCCCCCCAACAGCAAUCAUAGCGGCGUGAGUUGUGACGUCCUAACUGCUAACUAAUCAACGACCAGGACCAGGAUCAAUCCAAGGAGGACUAUUCAAAGACUUUCAAGGACCAGCCCCAAGGACCUCUCCAGGACCCUGAAGACCCACACUUAAUUUAUUCAUAUGUUGUUGUUCUGACUCUGCUUUUAUUUAUUCUGCGUAUUUAUUUGAAGGGCAGCUCAAUAUCGCCUCCUGUGUUCAUGCAGGGGAUUACUUUGACCUGACGGGGGAGACGCUGUUUUAAAUGUUUUGUUUUUUUUAUUUCUAUCAUACUGAGAGGACAGUGAAGGAGGUGAGGUUCCUCCUGAUGACCAUGUGACUACUGUGCCUUUUUUUUUUACCAAAUCGUGAGGUUUUCAGAGAGAAGUAUUUCGGUGCUGGGAGCGAACCGCGUUUGGAUCGCUUCCUCGUAUUUUACACUUUAUUCCGUGAAACUCUCAUACGGUCACAUUUUUCACAACACACAACGGCCGCCGUCAAAUACAAGCUGUAGAAAAACCCAAACCCCCAACGCACCAACGUCUCCGGAGACAACGUUCCGAUCCAAACCGGAUCAGUUCGACCUGCACUUAAAGUUGGUGCUCUUGAAAACUUGAAAAAAAAAAUCAAAACAACG